GAUAGGGGCAAGUGCGGACUGGAGCUGCUAUAUCUAUCGCGCGCCUCAGGACUUCGUCGCCCAACUCCGCCGCUGGCUCUCUUCCUCCUCUCGACGGCGCCGCCUCCCACCGGCUUCUACGCCCUCUUCGCUGGCGCACGCUGAUCCUUUCUUGCAGUUGGCGAUUUCGAUUUAGUGCUGCGUUCGAGGCGUUAUCGUCUGGAAUCCGUAGAUCUGUCCGCUUUGUUGCUUGUGUUGAAAUAGGAUUCCUAAGUGUGAAUGGAAGCUGAAUAUGUUCCCGAGCCCUUUAGUACUGAUGCUUGCAUGGUCAGCAGCACGAUGGACAAGCCUCGGGAUGGAGAUCCACCGGCUUGCAACACGCAAGAUGACACUGCCCCGGUGACGAUGAUGAGUGGCUGCUUCGACUGCAGCAUCUGUCUAGACUUGGUGGUGGAUCCGGUGGUCACCUUCUGUGGCCAUCUCUUUUGCUGGCCUUGCAUAUACAAGUGGAUGCAAGCGAAGAGCAUGUCCAACCAGCAGUGCCCUGUGUGCAAGGCCUUCCUCUCUCAGGACACCAUCGUGCCACUCUUUGGCCGAGGCAGAGAUAGCGGUGCCAAGGUGGCUUCGGGUGUCCCGCUCCGCCCUGCCAUGAACUUCAACCGCAAUAACUUGGCUAGAAAUUUGGCACAAGAAUCUCAGUUUCGUCACCAUGUCAACGAUAGUAUUGCCGACAAUUCUUCACCGCUGAUGACCGAUAUUGGUGGUUUAGCGAUUGCGGUACUCCCCUGGUUUCACAGUCGUCAGUAUGCUCUAACACUUAGUGGCAACAAUCCGAGGCUUCAAAGGCAGCAGUUACAGGUGGUGAACUCGCUGCAUCAGAUUUGGGUCUUCCUCUUCUGUUGUGCGGUGGUGUGUUUGCUGCUGUUCUAAACCCUUAAAAGAGCUUGUAAAUAGGUUCGAUUCCAUGAUGCUUAAACAUUGGAUAAAAGUUAGCAUAAACUAGCUAAUGACCUCUGUAUAUUUUGAAAGUGGAGUUUUAAGAUUAUAUAAAUUAUAUUUUAAAUUUAUUUAA